AAAUAUAAAUAUGACUAAAAACAUAAAUAUAAAAAUUAAAUUUCUAAAAAAAAUGUUUGAAAAAUGAAACACAAUAGUUUUGCAUUUCUGACCAACUUUUCUCUCCCCUUUGAGCCUGGCCUUCUCCGUCAACUGCGAAAUGGAGCCACCGAAGGACCAACCACCAUCCUCCGCUUAUCCUCCCUCUGGUUCCUGUAACAACUGCGGCGGACCAACAAUUUCCGAGCCGGCACCUCAAGCUUCAUUACCCGAUAUGUCACCGCCACCAAACUACCGCCCGAUCCGAGCUCCGGCUAUCAAUGUCCCCCACAACCCUCAGGCGAUCAUCCUCUCCCCCGUUCCUCAUGCCGAGAAAGUCCCCGUCGUCACUCCGCCGUAUCAAUUCCAACGUCCCGUCAAGAGAAUCCACUCCCCAGAUGAUAUUCGCCGCUUCCAGGAAUCAGCCUCUUUCAAGAACUUCUUAGGAUUCGUAGUCUCUCUAUCGGAAUCGAUCGACGGACACAAAAUCGCAGAUCCUUGCCAUGUUUCACCCACCGUCGCCACCAUAGUCUCAAUCCUCGAGACCUUGUUGCGAUGGAUCGACGAGAUCCCUCCUGUUCCAAUGUCCUCUCGAUACGGUAACAUCUCGUUUAGGUCAUGGCACGAUCGCCUCGCUGAGAAAGGCGAAUCGCUUGUCCAUGAGUUUCUCCCCGAUGAGUUCAAAGAAUCCACGAUCGAGAUCGUUCCUUACUUGUUCGAUAGCUUCGGAAACGCAAGCAGAAUCGAUUACGGAACAGGGCACGAGACGAACUUCGCGGCGUGGCUGUAUUGCUUAGCGAAGAUGGGGAUCAUCAAGGAAGAAGAUUACCAUGCUGUGGUGGCUAGGGUUUUUGUGAAGUAUCUUGAAUUGAUGCGAAAGUUGCAGAUGGUUUAUUGCUUAGAGCCUGCUGGUUCUCAUGGAGUAUGGGGACUUGAUGAUUACCAUUUCUUGCCCUUUAUAUUUGGGAGCUCUCAGUUGAUUGAUCAUAAGUAUAUGAAGCCCAAAUCCAUUCAUAACGAUGAUAUCUUGGACAAUUUCUCUAGUGAGUAUAUGUACUUGUCUUGUAUUGGGUUUGUGAAGAAGGUGAAGAAAGGGUUGUUUGCUGAGCACUCCCCGUUGCUUGAUGAUAUAAGCGGUGUACCCAACUGGAAGAAAGUGAAUAGCGGCUUGCUUAAGAUGUACAAAGUUGAUGUGCUCCAGAAGGUUCCCAUUAUGCAGCAUUUCCUCUUUGGCUGGCUUAUCAAAUGGUUCUUGGAAUGUAAUUAAUUUAAUUGCUCAAAACUGGGAGGAGUGAAUUACUUUAGCAUAAUACAUUGGAGCAGGGACGUCGAUUUCUACUUGGAGAGAUGGCUUAUAAUGUAAUAGAGACACGUUUUUGCUUUUGCAUGUAUCGGAUAGCUAGAUGAGAUAGAUAGGAACCUUUAAUAGCUUAUACUAUCUUUCGUAUUGUAUCCUUUGGGUUUGAUACUUCAACUUGUUUUUUAUUUGUUUUUUGGUGAUUCCAGUCC